UGCUAAACAAUCUCAUGCACUGCCAUUGACAUGCGCCGAAGUCAGGAACAUUCAAAUUUACUCUUGAGUAAUAACCUCUUUUCGUAAUCAUGAAGAUUUCUUUGCAGCGUCUGCAACGUUGCCCUCACUUUCCCACAGCAAAGCAUCCCUUCAUUCGACCUCUAAGCUUACAACGAUGGAACUCUUCACUCUCCCAGAAGCCCGGAGCAGCAGGUGUUCGUUUCCCAGGAGCAGUAGAUAGUAAAUUCACAUCCGCUCUCCAAUUCGAGCACCCCUCCACCUACCCCGCCAUACCCACCUACCGGGCCAUGUCCCCCGACGGCGACAUAAUAGAUCCCUCCUUCACACCUGCCCCCGACUCCCUCGCUCUCCAGAUGUACGAGAACAUGCUUUCCGUUUCAAUUAUGGACGUUAUAAUGUUCGAUGCCCAACGACAGGGUCGAUUAAGUUUCUACAUGACGGGACAAGGUGAGGAGGGUACUUGCGUUGGGUCUGCAAGUGCAUUGGAGAUGGGAGAUGUUGUAUUUUGUCAGUACAGAGAGGCAGGAGUAUUCAAACAAAGGGGUUACACAUCUGAGAAUUUCAUGAGUCAAUUGUUUGCGAACAAGAAGGAUCAUGGGAAGGGGAGGAACAUGCCAGUUCAUUAUGGCAGUAAAGCUCUCAAUAUUCACACGAUAUCAUCACCGCUAGCAACACAGAUUCCCCAGGCUUCAGGAGCAGCGUAUGCCCUCAAAAUGCAACGACUAACAAACCCUAACAUCCCACCACGGAUAGUAGCCUGCUACUUCGGCGAAGGAGCAGCCAGUGAAGGAGACUUCCACGCCGCGCUCAAUAUAGCUGCUACGAGAUCCUGUCCCGUAGUCUUCAUCUGCAGAAACAAUGGAUAUGCGAUCAGCACACCAACAUUAGAGCAAUACCGAGGAGACGGAAUUGCAAGUCGAGGAACAGGCUACGGUAUCGACACCAUCCGGGUGGAUGGAAACGAUAUCUGGGCAGUAAGAGAAGUAACUAGAAGAGCCAGAGAACUAGCAUUGAAAGAUGGCGGAAGACCAGUACUGAUCGAGGCCAUGUCCUACCGAAUAUCACAUCACAGUACUAGUGAUGAUUCCUUUGCGUACAGAGCAAGAGUUGAAGUUGAAGACUGGAAGAGACGAGAUAACCCUAUCACGAGGUUACGGAAAUACUUAGAAAAGAAAGGUGUCUGGGAUGAAGAGAAAGAGAAUGAGGCUAGGUCACGAAUUAGAAAAGAUGUUUUGAAGGCAUUUGCGCAAGCAGAGAAAGAGAAGAAACCUCCUAUUAGAAGUAUGUUUGAGGAUAUUUAUGAGGAAAUUACGCCCGAGACGAGGGCACAGAUGAAGGAGUUGAAGGAUAUUAUUGAUAGGUAUCCGCAGGAAUAUGAUGUCAAUGAGUUUGAAGGUGGAAAAGAUAGCUUGUCACAAUAGACUACAGCUGUAUUUGAAUUACAACUCGUUUGUACACAGCUAUU